AUGCCCGGUAUGGUGAAAAAAAGUGCUACUAAGAAAGAGAAAACUCUCAAUGAUAAGCUGCUUGCUCGUCUGAAUAAACCGAAGCAAGGAGAUUUCGAUAUUGAGGAUGAAACAAUCGAUACAAGAAAUGACAACUCUGACUCUGAGAAGGAGGAGGAUGAGACAGUCAGAGAUCACUAUGUCGAUGUCGGAAAGAGUAAACUAAGGGGAGAUACGUUAGAAGUAGAUGGGAAGUAUGUCGGUGCCAAGGUUGGUAGGAGUGAGCUGUUCAACGAUGAACUUGAUAAGGAUGACCAAGACAAGCAAUCAGAAGAUGAAGAACUAGACAAUGCUGACUCGGAGAACAGUGAUGGUAAUGGUGAUAGUGAUGGUGAUAGUGUAAAUGUGGAGUCAGAGGAUGAUGAGGGCGAUCAGUUUGGUGGUGAUUCUGAGUUAGAAAACAAGCAACAGAGCGAUGAAUCAGAUGGUGAAGGAAAUGACGAAACGUAUAAGAGAAACCAAAUUGCCAAAUUGUUGGAUUCUGAAAAAAAACAAAUUUUAUCAAGGCUAUCAACCUCUGCCAAGUCGGAUGCUUUGAAAGGUUACACCAUUCUCAGACAGGGGACAGAAUACGAUCGUAUUUUAGAUGCAAGAAUCAAAUUACAAAAGGGACUUCUAUUGUCAAACAAACUACCUAUUGAUGCUCCAACUUUCAAAAAGUUCCAGACAAAGAAGUCUAACCAUAUUCUCGAGGAGACAGAGGAAAAACUCUAUGGCCUUAUUGAGAGACUAAUACGAGUAAGGACAAACCAGCUGGAGAAGGAUGGGCUGGUCAAGGAACCAAUCAGCGUCAACUUGUCUAACAAAAGAAAACUGGAUGAAUACCUUGAUGCAAAUGAAAACAUUGAUAAUGCAGUCACCCCGAUAACCAAAUCUGUCAUUACCAAAUGGUCAAAUCGUGUUCAAUCUGCAUCAGGUUUAGGUGCCUUGAAUCAGGGUAAAUUCAAAGUUAUUAAUCAAAACGUAUGGUCACAAAUCAGCAAUCAGUUGGAUGAUACACAGAGACUCAUCAAGAAGACAAAAAUUAACCGUCGUAAUGUGAAGCCUAUGGGAUAUGUGGAAGAAGUAAAUGAAAAGAGUGACUCUGAUGUCGAUUCUGACGUUGAUGCAGAAACUGCCGGCUUGAGUAACAUUGACAAGUCCUUACAGACUAAUGAAUACAUUUUUGAUGACGAUGACUUCUAUAGGUUGUUACUCAAUGAUAUGAUCAAUAAAAAGCUGGAUCAAAAGCAAUCAACUACAUCUGCUGUGUUAAUGCUUUCAAAGAAUAAAAUGCAGAAGAAUUACGAUAGAAUGGCUACUAAGGGACGUAAACUGAAAUACACAACACAAGAUCCCCUGGUCCAAUAUGAAAUCCCUAGAAGGAAGUAUUAUUCUUGGAACGAUGAACAAAUAGACGAAUUAUUUGCAGGUUUAUUUGGAAUGAAGUUUGAUAUGGAUGAUAAUGAUGAUAGUGAUAUGGAAGAUGAGCAGCAAGAAGAAGAUGUUGGUGCAUUGAGAAAGUCAGGUGUCAAAUUGUUUGGCUGA